AUGCCUUCGAAACCAGAAUUUAAACCACAAGAAAAAGAACUUGCAAUGGAUUUGAGAGAUGGGAAAUGCUGUAUUUUUACAGGUGCUGGAGUAGCUUCUGCUAUUAUCCACAUCGAUCCAAUUAUCUCCGAAGCAAAUGCCAAAACUAUAAGGUCAACAGUCGGAAGUUGGGCUGGGUUUCUUCGUGCUGUGGCUACACAAUUUUUCAGAACAUAUUCGUCAUCACAAAUUCUCUUUGAGGAUAUUGACAGCUUGUUUGGAUUCGGAUGUUACAUUGACGUAAAAAUUACUCAACUAUUUAAAGAAAAUAAAGACAAAUCGUCUGCUGCAUUUAUAGCUGUUGAAGAUGCUAUUUUUGACAGAAAAGAAUUUUUACAAAACGAGUUAUUCAUCCAAAAUACUGACGAUAAAAAAAGACUGGUCUCUGAAAUUAACAUUGAAAUUCAAAGAAUUAAAUUUAUUAUUGAUAGAGUUUACAAUGCAUUUCCUCAAAAAGAAAAUAAAAUGGAGAAUGAUUUCCUCGAUCUUAUAAAAAAUGUCGCAUUGAUUCCGUGGGGAAAAUGUAAUGCAAUUACAAAAUCAACAGAACUCCUUAAACAACUUAUUAAUAAAACGAAUGAGAGUUUAGGCUAUAUUCCAUGCGAUAAUCUGUGGCAACGAGGUUCCAUGUCAGUCAAACAUAGGAUUGACGAAUUGGAGCAAAAUAUUAUUGAUUGUAAAAAUGAAGAGGCAAAAGAAAAACUGAAACAUUUUAAAAAUCAUUAUACUGAAUUAAAAACAUUAUUUGAAAAGUUUUCUGGCAGUACCGAGAAAAGCGAAUAUACCAAAGAGUUUAUUAAAGAUUUUCAAUUAUCGUUAGCUGGUGUGAUAUCUGUAAAUAACGAUAAUUUGAAUAAAACUUUUAGACAUCUUACUGAACUUGUGCUUAGUCCACUAAAGUCAGAUCAACAUGCACCUUUGGUCAAGGCUUUAAAUAUCAUAUGCAAAAAUAAUGUACUCCUAACUUCCAACUACGAUACAUUCUUGGAAAGUGCAUUAUUUCGUAAUGCAUUGAAUUACAUGGAAGAUUUAGCUGACACAAAUCAAUUAAAUUUAUUAAUUCCAGAUGAUAUUGCAAGAGAUUCUAACCUUCAUAAUCGUUUUGUUAUUCAUGUUCAUGGUCUUUAUUAUGAUAAAGGUUCCUUUGUUAUAUCUGAAGAUGAAUAUAAAAAGACUACAAACUUAUUUGUUAAAUUUAUGAAAAAAUUAAUUCUGGAAAAGAAACGAUCUUUAGUAUUUAUUGGUGUUAGUGCAGAUGGUUGGACGGACUGGCAUAUGGCUUAUGUAUUUAGAGAUUUGGCUUAUAUGAAAAAUACAAAUAGCCACCCCCGUCACUAUUGGCUUGUGAAAAGAGGUACUGACUUUCCUAAUGAAGAUGACUUCUCAGAGUUAUCAAAUCACGAAGAACAAAAAAUUACUCUGCAAUAUGUUAAGAAAAAAGUUAAAAUUGUUGAAUAUGGCGAUUCUUAUGACUGUUUAGCCCCUUAUCUGGUAUACCUUUCAUCUUACAAACCAGAAAGACCCACGUCUAGAAAAUCCUUAGACAGUUGGACUGUGUAUACGUCGCCUACGUCUAAUUUUAAUUUUCUGAAGGUUUAA